UAAAAACAAUAAGGAUGAUAAUUCUUGUCGCAUCAAUUCGAGCUAGUAAUGUGAACAACUAAAGAUCACAAAGACGUGAGAGAAGAAGCAUUUUUAUUUCAUCCUCGACUUUUUCCUUGGCGGAUAAAAACCUGUGGAACUUUAUUUUGUUUUGUUUUAUAUCGUGAAAUAUUUCUCUUCAUUAACAAAGCUCUGCUGGUCUGUGCGUUUGUAUGGUUUAGUUCUCGUUCCCAGGAUGAUGCGUCCAUCUCUCUCUCACAACUAUGUCGGCGGAUUCCCAAUGGAGGUUUCCACUCCAAUGGGCCAGGGUCGAGUCAACCAGCUCGGAGGAGUUUUCAUUAACGGUCGGCCUUUACCCAAUCAUAUUCGACACAAGAUAGUGGAGAUGGCCCAUCACGGGAUCCGACCGUGCAUGAUAUCCCGUCAGCUCAGAGUCUCUCACGGCUGCGUCUCCAAAAUCCUGUGCCGCUAUCAGGAGACCGGAUCCAUUCGGCCCGGAGCUGUCGGCGGUACGAAAACCAAGACUUCAUCUCCAGUGGUGGAGAAGCGCAUUGAGGAAUAUAAACGGGAUAAUCCAGGAAUAUUCAGUUGGGAAAUCCGGGAUAAAUUGCUUAAAGAGGGAAUUUGUGACCGAAACAACGUACCAUCAGUCAGUUCAAUAAGCCACUUUGAGAGGAAAUAUGGCGCAAAAGGUGACGAUGAGGAUGAGGACGAAGAGGAAAAGUGCGAGCAAGAAGAGCACGCGCACAGGAGCGGACACAGCAUCGACGGGAUUCUGGCAGACAGAUCGAGUCUGUCUGGGGAAGGAUCAGACGUGGAGUCAGAACCUGACCUGCCGCUGAGACGAAAACAACGACGCAGUCGCACAACCUUCACCGUAGAACAACUGGAUGAGCUGGAGAGAGCUUUCGAACGCACUCACUAUCCAGAUAUCUACACCAGAGAAGAGCUCGCACAGAGAGCUAAACUCACAGAGGCACGAGUACAGGUGUGGUUCAGUAACAGACGAGCUCGUUGGAGGAAACAAGCGGGAGCCAAUCAGCUCAUGGCAUUUAAUCAUCUGAUUCCCGCUGGUUUUUCCCACCCGGCGAUGUCAAGUCUGUCCCCGUAUCCGCUGUCAGAGAGCCCGUACUCACCUGCUGGCCUUUCUCAAGAUUCAAGUACUGUCCACAGACCGCAGCCCCUUCCACCACCUUCAAACCAUCAGAGUUCUGGAGGGCCGGGGCAAGAGGGCGGGGCUUCUUACUGUCUCUCCAGUCGGCACGGUUACGCGGGAUACUCGGAGAGCUUUGGACCUCAUAACAGUCCCACGCACUCUACCAUUAAUAAUGGCUUAUCUUCACAGGUUAUGGGACUGAUAGCCCCAGGUGGAGUUCCACACCAGACCGAGUUUUCUCUGUCCUCUCUGGAGUCGGGCACUUCCCCUCCCGGUACCUGUUCCCAGCGUGUUGAAGCUCUGUCUUACGGUCCCCCGUCCUUCUACAGCGUGGAGCACAGCGCCCCCUACCACUACACCCAGUAUGGACAAAAUUCCUUUCAUUAUCUGAGACCUGAAAUCGCCUGAAGUCAUUCCAGAGUCUGAUGUUUUCCCACCUCUCUUAGAAACGUGGAUUUGAGAAAAACUAUGACAGAGUGUAAAAAACGGCAUUACAAAAUGUUUGUUAUUGCAAAUGGUUGGAAUAUGUUCACAUACUUUAAAUGGAUCAGAAGAAUAACACAUUUUGCUAUAAACUGCUCAACGAAAAUCUUUCUAACACAACAAAAUAUACUGAAUAAAAACCAAAAGAUUUUUAUGAAAUGUUUAAAAAGAUAAUUUCAUGAAAUCUUCAUUUUUUGAUAUCUUGAAGUGCAAUAUAAGAGCUAGAAACAUUUCCAGACGUUUGAUCUUCAGGAUCAGCGGUGUCAUCAUGAAACAUGAGCGUGCAUACGAAGGCAAACCAAAGCGCUGGGCUGCAAACAUCUUUCUCUGCUCAUAUGUUGUAAAUAAAAGACAAAUGUUUGUAGGAGGACAACGAGUCAGUCAGAGUGUUUUUAUACAGCUUUGUUUCGCAGCACAUUCCCUAUUGCGUAAGGGAUGUUUUUGCUUUCAUAAAUAAGGACGGUGGAAAAAUUCCUGGAAGAAUAUUUCCAAGGGACUUCGAAACCAUUUUAAAUAUGUUACUUUUCUCAUCAACUUUAUUCCAUAGUUGUGUAAAUGUAAUUUGUGGGUGUAGAUAGGCGGCACAAUUUUUAUUUUAAUUUUUUUUAAAUAUAUAUUUUUAUAAUGGUUUGAUUUUUCAGGUAUGCCUGAAAUUGAAAUUGCUUGCUUUCAAAAAACAUCCUACAAAAACCAUUUUGUUGGUUUUCUUCAGCUCUACCUA